AUGCAUAUUGAUGACUUUACCAGUGAUGAUAGGCGUUCGGGCUUCGCCCUCGACCAUGGGUCUGUGAUCUUGGCUGCCUCUGGAUUGACUGGAAGACUUUGGACUGGAUCCCUGUGGUACUUUGAGGAUCCAUCCAGUGCUCCGGAUGUCAACAGAAGUAGUGCAGGAGUACGGACUGAGGCAGGUAUAACAGACUUAGAAUGGAUUGAUGAAAACAGACUGGCUGUUGCAUCAGAUACAGGUGCAAUCGAGAUUUGGCAGCUUGAGAGCAAUGCAUUCCGUAAUUUAUUUUAUUUGUAUGAACAUGAUAGUACAGUGAACUCUGUCAGCGUCAACUCAAAUAAGACCCGUGUCAUCAGCGGCUCAUCAGACAGACUGAUUAAGAUCUGGGAUCUUGCUUCACAGCGCUCUAUUCGUACACUCAAUGUCCACACAGGAAAGAUUGAACAGCUAGCAUGCAGUCCAAAUGAAUUAGAUGUCUUUGUAUCUUGUUCACAGGAUGGAUUUGUACUAUUAUGGGAUAUGCGUAAAGCUAAGCCAGCUCAACGACUACCAUGUCCGGCAGGUCUACCCACAAGUGUAGUGUGGAAGCCAGGAGAGUCCUACGUUAUAGCAGUUGGUGAUGAGAGUGGUAGCAUCUCCCUUCUUGAUGCUCGCAAUCUUCAAAAUGCAGCUAUCGUUACACCAGCUCACAACAGAGCUGUACAUAGGCUGGCCUUUUCAACCAAAUCUCCCCUAUUACUUGCAUCUGUAUCAGAUGAUUGCACAGCAGCAGUUACUGAGCUACAACCAGAGCUGAAACAAAUAUACCGUAGCUAUGCCCACAAUGACUUUGUUCAUGGUUUAUCAUGGGACAGUCAGAGUAAUAAGCUAUUAACAUGUGGCUGGGAUCACCAGGUUAUCUCUCAUGAUAUUAACAUCGCAACAUCUAUGGCCCUAUGAGAUGGCUGACAGUCCUCCCAACCAUUCAAGUUACGCUCGUUGUCUACUAUCUGUGGAAUACUAAUGAUACCCAACUUGACUUUUCAUUUAUUGAAUGAUCGACUUUAUACAUGUAGCUUUUUUUUUUCCUGGGCUUAGCAAACCAUGGUCAGAAUUCACUAAAGUGGUUUGGAAUCCAUAAUUUUAAAACCAUUGUUCGUGGAGAAGUCAUUAUGCAUAGAUUAUGAUGUAUUCAGUGCGUGUAUUAAAAAUGCAUCCAAUAGUGAAUGCACACUUUCGCCACAGGUUUCUAACUUCAUGCCUGUCACUAAGGCCUGGUUUCACAAACAGCUGGGCCCACAAACUCUUUCUAAAGUUUUUCCUGAAGGAUGUUUAAUGUAAAAAAAAUGGCUAAGUCCAUUAUUCACAUGUUAUGCAGCAAAAGUGUGCCAAAUUUGCACUUUUAAAGUGAUUGUUUCAUUUUGUUGCGGUUUGAAAAAUUCUCAUUUUGGUUCUUGGAAAUGGGCUAAACUUCAGGCUUUAGUGUAAAAAUACUAGUCCAAAAGUUUCAAAGUAUCAUAUCUAGAGGAACUAUUUUAAAAGUUUGAAAAUGAAUGAGGGUAGGUUUCAAUGAUAUUGUGUUCAGAGAGAAUCUGUACAUCAAACACAUCAACUCUGGAUGAACCCUGCAUGGCCUACGUACAGUGUAGCUGAUAAUAGUGUGUGUAUAGGAGAUUCAGAAAAAUGCUGAGGUGGGGAAAAAAAGAUGCAUCACACUUUAAAGCUAAAUGAAAGUAGUUGCAGUAAAACACUGAUUUCGUGAGAAAGUCUGUAAAACCAAGGUUAAGUAUUACUAUAUCAUCGUGGAUCUAGAUCUGGUACAGUUACAUAAAACUGAACUUUGUGAAAUCAUAAAAUCUAAGCUGAAAAACAAUCACACUGAAGAUCGCCAACACAGAUAGGCACACGUGGGACAGUGUAUAUUAUUAUGGCUGGAAUAAAGACCCGACAAAAGGGCCCGAAUCCUUGCUUAUUUGCUUAUUUCUCAGCAAUUACACAAUUUCUUCCAGAAUCCUUUUGCACACAUUUUUUAUUCAUACAGACGCUUGGGUGGUCAUUAUAUUGGAUUCUGUAAAAAGUCAUUUUGAGAUCGUUACCACAACUGGCAUUAUUGUUGUUGGUAAUGUGCUGGUCAUGGUAAUACUUGAUUCAAAACAGUUCCUAUUUUAUUAUCUGCAUAAUUUAUUAUGAGUACAGUGCGGAUAAUUGUGAAACCUAAUAGGUUUGAUGUACAUGUAAGUCUUAGAAAGUGCUUCAAAAUGCAUAACUACUCAAAUUGACCAAAUGCUAAAAUAUUUAAUGACAUCCAAAUAUGUUGUAAAAUACAUGUUUUCGUUUUUUAUAUCUUUUUUUUAAUACCUAUGCUUAUGGUAGACCCUGCGUAAGCCUAAAAGGCCGGGGGGGGGGAUUUUCUCCCUCAGUGUUUGAAAAACAAAAAAUCUGUAAUACAAGAAGUGACUGCCACGUCAUUCCAUGACUUUUUUUCCUUAAAGUCUUAAGCCUCUUAUGAGACCAAAUUUGUGACCCCUAAUUACGCGGUUAUGAAAUUAUAAAACUUUUCGUAACUGUAUGUCAGACCCCAAAUUGAUAGCAAUUGUGAAUUCAUGUACAAAUCCAAUGCAAAUUGUGCAUGUACAUGAGCCAAAAUUCAUAUAUGUAUCAUUCUUUAUAAUUUUACUGAUUAAAGUCCAUUAAUUUUGUCUUCUCUAUGAUCAGAAUAAAGUAGGCAAUGAUUUCCACCAAAAAAAAUGUAACUUAAAAUGUUGAAAAACAAAAAUACACAAGAAAUUUUUUAAAGUAGAAUACAUAAGAAAAAAAUUACAAUACCAACUUUUUUUAACUUGCAUUUGAUCGGAAUCCAACAGUCUGUGAAUAGAAAUUUUUGGGGGUGCUAUUUAACUGAUUAGAGCACAUUUUCUACUUAACACAUAAAAUCUUACUUUUUCAGAAAAGUGAACCUUGUAGAUUGCAUUGCACACCAUGAAUGUACAAUUAUUUUCAGCACUGACGUGAUUGGCUGCAGGGAUGAAAUCGCCCCCCAUCCCUCCCCCCUGUGAGAUGGGUCCAAAUUACCUGGCUCUAUUAGGGCUAAGUAAACCUCCACGAGUUGAUUAUCGCCAAAUUAGAAGCAACUUUCAGACUAGAAUAAGCAAAUAUGUUUUAUUUUUAUAUCUUCUAAGUCAAUUCCCAAACGAUUUGACUUGGGUACUACUUUAUGAAGGAAGAGCCAUACAUAUUGUAAAUCCUUGUGAUGCUUUUUUUUGUCAAAUUUAGCAACAUGUGAUGCAUUAUUAUAAUGAUUAUAUAUGUAAAUGUGCAUGUAUCUCUGCGCUUUGACUGUUGGACAAUGUGUUUUAUUAAAGUCAUUUGGAGAAAAUUAAUAAAAAUCAUGUUCAUAUAGUCUAAAAA